AGGCGGAGCAUCAAAUGGGUUGCCUCCCACAGUGGACCAAUGUUCCAGCCAUAGAUAUGGGAUUUCCGAAACUAGCUGAGCGUUGUUCCGUAGCACAUGCACAGAAGUUAUGGGGUUUUAGCUAUUGGGGAGAUGUGUCCAAAACAGAAUAAAACGUGUUCCCUUUCCACAUUGAAAAGGGUUAGAUUAAUAGACCCAGGUGAUCAUCCCGAGAAGACAAUUAUCUCUGGUUGUAAUGAAAAGAAACUUCAGCACGCUGAUGAUCUUAAGAGACUGUGUUUGAGCCGAACACUGCAACUUGCCAUCAAUAACCUGCAGUAUACUGCGUUUGCACUACACUAUAUGCACUGUAUAUAUUUGUUAAGGCAGCAUCCUUUCCUCUGCAUAUCCCCUCUAUAAAUUGUAUAUACUCACUGUAAAUAAUCUUCUACUCCAGAAUGUUAUGUUUACUGUAAGUAUGUUGACUGUGUCUAUUCUGUUAGUACACUGUCUAUUGCUGGCAGCGCCUACUCACCAAAUCAAUGUACUGUACUUGACGAAUAGGGAUUCUGAUGCCCUCUGCUGGCCAGACACUGAUUUUAUGGAUCACUCACAGAUCCAGGCCAAAAGCCAAGUUUCGAAUUCAGUGGAAGCCACACCUACUGCUCAGAACAAACCAUUAAACCGGGAAACCAGUAUCUCUCUCUGACUCUGCUGCUCAGUCUGAUAGGGUGUGUUUCACCAUGGCAGAAGCUGUUUUUGAUAAGGAUUUGAUUACCUGUUCAAUCUGUCUGGAUCCACUGAAGGAUCCAGUGACUACUGCCUGUGGACACAGUUACUGUAUGGGCUGCAUUAAAGAAAGCUGGGAUCAGGAUGAUAGGAAAGGUGUCUACAGCUGUCCCCAGUGCAGGCAGACCUUCACCCCAAGACCUGUUCUGGGGAAAAAUACUCUACUGAACGAAUUGGUGGAGAAACUGAAGAUGACAAGACUCCAAGCUGCUCCUCCUGCUUACUGUUAUGCUGGACCUUUAGAUGUAGGGUGUGACAUCUGCGCUGGGAAAAAACUCAAAGCUGUCAAGUCCUGUCUGCUGUGUCUUGCCUCUUACUGUGCGACUCACCUAAAACUUCACAAUGACCUCAACCAAGGAAAAAAACACAAGUUGAUUGAUGCCACUGUACUACAGGAGAAGAUUUGCACUCGCCAUAACAAACUGCUGGAGGUUUACUGUCGUACCCAUCAGCAAUGUAUCUGUCUGCUGUGUGUGAUUGAUGAUCAUAAAGGCCAUGAUAUAGUCGCCGCUGCAGAAGAAAGGACUGAAAAACAGAAGCAGUUGGGGGGAAAUAAUCUGAAAUCCCAGCAGAGAAUCCAGGAGAGAGAGAAGGAGAUGCAGGAGCUGAGACAGGCUGUGGACUCUCUGAAGCACUCUGCACAAGCGGAAUUGUUUGACAGCGACAGGACCUUGACUGAGCUCAUCCACUGUGUUGCGAAAACGCGCUCUGAGGUGAAGGAGCUGAUCAGUGCCCAAGUGAAGGCUCAAGUGAGUCGAGCUAAAAGGCAUCUGAAGCAACUGGAGCAAGAGGUCGCUGGACUGAGGAGGAGAGAUGCUGAGCUAAAGCACCUGUCACACACAGAAGAUCACAUCCAUUUCCUCCAGCAUUUCCAGUCUCUCUGUGUCCCUCUUGGAUCUGAGGGCACACCCAGCAUCAUUGUCACCUUUGAGCAUGUGAAGAAAUGUGUCACUGAACUGAAAGAGCGACUACAAAACAUCUGCAAGGAGGAAAUGGACAGAAUAUACGGGAAAGUGACUAAAGUUCCAAACAUUCGCCCUUUUGAGCCCAAGACCAGAGAGGAGUUCUUAGAAUACUGCUGCCCGCUGACAUUGGAUCCCAACACAGCAAAUCAACUCCUGUGUCUGUCUGAGGGGAACAGAAAGGUGACCAGGAGUCAUAAGAUCCAGACCUAUCCCAACCAUGAACAUAGAUUUAGCCACUGGAAACAGGUGUUGUGUAAAGAGGGUGUCUGGAGUGUGUCUGAACCCUGCUACUGGGAGGUAGAGUGGACCGGGGUGGAGGUUGAUGUAGCCGUCUCAUAUAAAGGGAUCAGCAGGAGAGGAAUUGGUCAUGAGUGUUGGUUUGGUGCUAAUGACCAGUCCUGGAGGUUGUACUGCUCUGCAUCUAGAUGCUGUUUCUACCAUAAUGGUAGAGAGACUUCUAUCCCUGCCAUCCGCUCAGACUCCAGAGUCGGAGUGUACCUGGACCACAGGGCAGGAACUCUGUCCUUUUACAGCGUGUCUGUCCCAGACACCAUGACCCUCCUCCACGGAGUCAAGACCACGUUCACUCGGCCCCUCUACCCUGGGUUUGGGGUUGGUUCAUCUGUGAGGAUACUGACACCAUUUUUGAGUAGUAACUAACUUAAUAUGUACGGUGUAAAAUAUGAACCUAGAUUACAGUACUUCCCUAUGGAACUACUGUGCAAAUAGAAAAGUAUCAGAAACACAUUGUAAAGUGGGACGGUUAUUUGUGUACUUUUUGGAAACUUUGAAAAAGCCCUGUUGAUUGUCAUCAAUCAUUCUCCCUGUGUGUACAGCGAACAAUAAGUUCAGCUGCUGUUAAACAUAUUCAAUGCCAACCAUAAGACAAUGUGUUUAGACUUUGCGAUGUAAGUAGGGUAGUAUAUUGGUCACUUUGUACUUUUUUAACCAUAACUAGCCAUAACUCUGCCAUAUCAUAUAGUAAUCUAUGUAUACUAUGCACUACUCUACUAUAUUAGUUCAUUAAAAGUGAGAGUUAUUUGUU